AGGAAGAAAUCGAUUUCCUAAUUGGUACCAUAUACAUCAGAUGGAUGGUUUCUAGUGUGCUUCCAAACCCCACCUCGGCUGAGUGCUGGGCAGCACUCCUACAUGAUCCUAUGACUCUUGAUAUGGACGCAGUCCUGUCAGACUUUGUUCGGUCCACAGGGGCAGAACCUGGUCUGGCCAGAGACCUGCUGGAAGGCAAAAACUGGGACCUGACAGCCGCUCUGAGCGACUAUGAGCAGCUCCGCCAGGUGCACACAGCCAAUCUGCCACAUGUGUUCAACGAAGGGAGGGGUCCCAAGCAGCCAGAGCGAGAGCCACAGCCCGGGCACAAGGUGGAGCGGCCCUGCCUGCAGAGGCAGGACGACAUUGCCCAAGAAAAGCGACUUUCCCGGGGGAUUUCCCACGCCAGCUCAGCCAUCGUCUCCCUGGCCCGGUCCCACGUGGCAAGUGAAUGCAACAACGAGCAGUUCCCCCUGGAGAUGCCAAUCUACACAUUCCAGUUGCCAGACCUGAGCGUGUACAGUGAGGAUUUCAGGAGCUUCAUCGAGCGGGACUUGAUCGAGCAGGCAACGAUGGUGGCUCUGGAGCAGGCAGGUCGCCUGAACUGGUGGUCCACUGUGUGCACAAGCUGUAAACGGCUUCUUCCUCUGGCCACGACAGGGGAUGGGAACUGCCUUUUACAUGCCGCCUCACUGGGAAUGUGGGGGUUUCACGACCGGGACCUGGUGUUACGGAAAGCUCUCUAUACCAUGAUGAGGACGGGAGCCGAGAGGGAAGCCCUGAAGCGGAGGUGGAGGUGGCAGCAGACGCAGCAGAAUAAGGAGGAGGAGUGGGAGCGGGAGUGGACGGAGCUGCUGAAGCUGGCCUCCAGUGAGCCGCGCACACACUUCAGCAAGAACGGCGGCACAGGCGGGGGUGUGGACAACUCUGAGGACCCCGUGUAUGAGAGCCUGGAAGAGUUCCACGUUUUUGUCCUAGCCCAUAUAUUAAGAAGACCCAUCGUUGUUGUGGCAGAUACAAUGUUAAGAGACUCAGGUGGAGAAGCGUUCGCACCCAUCCCAUUCGGAGGGAUCUACCUGCCCUUGGAGGUCCCUCCCAACAGAUGCCACUGCUCGCCUCUGGUUCUGGCCUAUGAUCAAGCACAUUUCUCUGCCCUCGUGUCCAUGGAACAGAGAGAACAGCAGAGAGAACAAGCCGUGAUCCCCCUGACGGAUUCUGAGCACAAGCUGCUGCCUCUGCACUUUGCAGUGGACCCUGGCAAGGACUGGGAGUGGGGGAAAGAUGACAACGAUAACGCCCGGCUGGCCCACCUUAUCCUGUCGCUAGAAGCCAAGCUGAACCUUCUGCACAGCUACAUGAAUGUGACAUGGAUCCGGAUCCCCUCCGAGACACGGGCGCCCCUGGCACAACCGGAGUCUCCCACGGCCUCAGCAGGGGAGGACGUGCAGUCCCUGGCCGACUCGCUGGACUCGGACCGCGACUCGGUGUGCAGCAAUUCCAACAGCAAUAACGGCAAGAACGGCAAGGACAAGGAGAAGGAGAAGCAGCGCAAAGAGAAGGACAAGACGCGCGCCGACUCCGUGGCCAACAAGCUGGGCAGCUUCAGCAAGACGCUGGGCAUCAAGCUGAAGAAAAACAUGGGCGGUCUGGGCGGCCUGGUGCACGGCAAGAUGGGCCGCGCCAACUCCGCCAACGGCAAGAACGGGGACUCGGCAGAGCGGGGCAAGGAGAAGAAGGCCAAGUCGCGCAAGGGCAGCAAGGAGGAGUCGGGAGCGUCGGCAAGCACGUCGCCCUCGGAGAAGACCACGCCGUCGCCCACGGAGAAGGCGGCGGGCGCGUCGCCGGCGGAGAAGGGCGGCGGGCCGCGGGGCGACGCCUGGAAGUACAGCACGGACGUGAAGCUGAGCCUCAACAUCCUGCGCGCCGCCAUGCAGGGCGAGCGCAAGUUCAUCUUCGCCGGCCUGCUGCUCACCAGCCACCGGCACCAGUUCCACGAAGAGAUGAUCGGCUACUACCUGACCAGCGCGCAGGAGCGCUUCAGCGCCGAGCAGGAGCAGCGGCGCCGCGACGCAGCCACGGCCGCCGCCGUUGCCGCCGCCGCCUCCACGGCCAAGCGGCCACCGCGCAGACCCGAGACGGAGGGCGCGCCGGUCCCGGAGCGCGCCUCUCCGGGCCCGCCCACGCAGCUGGUGCUCAAGCUCAAGGAGAGGCCGAGCCCUGGGCCCGCGGCGGGGCGGGCGGCGCGGGCGGCGGCGGGCGGCACGGCCUCCCCGGGGGCAGGCGCGCGGCGUGCGGGCCCCAGCGGACCGAUCGCCGGCCGCAGCCCCCCGGCGCCAGCGCGCCAGAGCGUCAUCCACGUCCAGGCGUCGGGCGCGCGGGACGAGGCGUGCGCGCCGGCCGUGGGGGCGCUGCGGCCGUGCGCCACGUACCCGCAGCAGAACCGCUCGCUGUCGUCGCAGAGCUACAGCCCGGCGCGCGCCGCCGCCCUGCGCACCGUGAACACGGUCGAGUCGCUGGCGCGCGCGGUGCCCGGGGCCUUACCGGGCGCGGCGGGGGCGGUCGGGGCGGCAGAGCACAAGUCGCAGACCUACACCAACGGCUUCGGCGCCGCGCGCGACGGCCUGGAGUUCGCCGACGCCGACGCGCCAACCGCGCGCUCGAACGGUGAGUGCGGCCGCGGCGGCCCGGGGCCUGCGCAGCGGCGCUGCCAGCGCGAGAACUGCGCGUUCUACGGGCGCGCCGAGACCGAGCACUACUGCUCCUACUGCUACCGCGAGGAGCUGCGGCGGCGGCGCGAGGCGCGUGGGGCCCGGCCCUGAGCGGCGCGGCGCGGCGCAGCGCAGCGCAGCGCAGGCGGCGAGGUUCUACCUUCGAGGAUUUCUUUUCCAUUGUGUCGGUGUCUUUUUUACAUGCUCUGGUCCACCGGAAGGCCGGCGCCUCCUCUGUCAGUGCCGUGUACGUGUUUGGUCAAACGUUCCUAAUGGUGCCUGAACCUACACUGA